ACGGUUUCCCGCUGCUUUUCCCGCUUGAAUUCCGUUCCCGCCGUUUGGAGGAAGACCGGUGCGGAUAGGAGGAAGCGAGAUGUCAAAGAAAAGAGGUCUGAACGUUGAAGAGAAGAGAACUCGGAUGAUGGAAAUCUUUUUUGAAACGAAAGAUGUAUUCCAGUUAAAGGACAUUGAGAAAAUUGCUUCCAAAGAGAAAGGAAUAACGGCUAUGUCAGUGAAGGAUAUCUUACAGAGCUUAGUUGAUGAUGGUAUGGUAGACACUGAUAGGAUUGGAACUUCGAAUUAUUUUUGGGCUUUCCCAAGUAAAGCAUUGCACACAAGAAAACGUAAAAUGGAAGAACUGCAGAAUCAGUUCUCAGAAUAUUGUCAGAAGAAAAAGAAUUUAGAGGAAAACAUCAAGCACUCAAAAAUUGGGCGGCAAGAUACUGCAGAACGUGCAGCACUAAUAAAGGAACUUAGUGCCUUACAACAGAAGAAAGACCAACUAAAGACAGAAGUAGAUAAAUACAAAGAAUGCGAUCCAGAUAUUGUUGAAGAAAUCCGCCAAGCAAAUAAAAUAGCUAAGGAAGCAGCUAACAGAUGGACUGAUAAUAUCUUUGCUGUAAAAUCCUGGGCUAAACGGAAGUUUGGUUUUGAAGACAGCAAAAUUGACAAAACAUUUGGUAUACCAGAAGACUUUGACUAUAUUAAUUAAAAGUGUUUAGAAAGGAUACCACAUAAUUUAAUAUUGUUCAAGAUGUUUUUAUUUUUUCUUUCAUUUCCCCACCAUUACUUGUAUUGAAGUUAAUAAAUCUGAAAACACUAAAGUAAUUUUGCUUGUUUACACUUUGAUCUUCCUGAUAAUUGUCUCAAACAGAAAGCUGCACACACUCUAUGCUUUAAAAUCUGUUGUAUUAGUUGCAUGAAAAAAAGUAAAAAGCUAGUCCUUUACAAAAUAGUGAGAGAGAUAGGAAAUUAUUGUAAUCCUUCUAGAAUUAUUUGAAAAA